CAUGUUCGGCGACUACUUCGAGAGGACAUUCGGCGAGAACUCUGAAAAAGUCGCUUUCGUCAACACGGAAACGGCGGAAGAGCUCAACUACGGUGAAGUGCUCCGUGUCGCCAAGAGCCUCGCCGCCGGGCUCCAGCGGCGGGGAGUCAAGCCCCAUGAUAAUGUGGUUCUGUGUGCGAUGACUGGUUUCAAAGCCUGUUGCUACAUCCUGGGACUCGUAUUCUGUCAGGCUACAAUUGUCGCUACGAAGCAUUUCUAUUCCGUGUAUGAACUAAAAGAAGUUCUGAAGAACUUCCCAGAAUUAAAACUCAUUAUCGGUGACAACGCGUCGGUCGCGAAACUGCGGGAGGCUUCAAGCGUCGAGGUCGUCAAUCUCGAAGAAGAAGAGUGGGAUUCGGACCGCGCCGCUGAAUUCAAGCACCCCGGGGUAGCCGAUCCGAAAUCAUCCGUUCUCUUGAUGUGUUUGACCUCGGGUUCGACCGGACCCUCGAAAGCGGUCCGCCUGAGCCAUUAUAACAUGAUGGCCCACGCGAAACAGUGGUCGAAGGGCUUGGAGCGCUAUUUCAUGUGCAACCCAAUCUCGCACCUCAGUGGCGGUGUCUGCUUCCUCAUCGUUCUGACCGAAGCUCAGACGAUAUUCUUGGCCUCGGAAAAAGUUAGAGACAACAUCGAGGAGUAUUUGGAUAUUUGUUCCGUAUUCAAGAUACGGACAGCUCUCACCAUGCCCGUUCUGCUCGCUCGCUUAACGGCGUACGGACCCACCAACAAGCUCGCCAGCGUCAGACGAUUCUCGACAGGAGGGUCCGCUAUCCCCCAGGCCCUGAUCGACAAGUUCCGUUCAAUUCAUCCCCACAUAACGAUGGAAGUGAUCUACGGAUCGACGGAAGCGGGACUGAUUCUGACCUCGAUGGAUCAAGACGAAAUGCGAGCGUUGGCUGUGGUUCCGAACGUUGAAGUCAAGAUUGUGGACCUUAAGACAAAAACCCUGGGUCCCAAUCAGAACGGAGAGCUCUACUGCAAGGCACCUCGGAGGCUCGUGGGAUACUACUACAAUGAAGAAGCCACGGCAGAAGCCUUCAAAGAUGGUUGGCAAUUGACCGGAGAUUUAGCUUAUAGAGAUGAUGAGGGUCGUAUAGUGAUCGUGGAUCGCCUAAAGCAGAUGAUCAAAUGCAUGGAUUCACAAGUUGCUCCGGCGGAUCUCGAAGCUCUUCUGAGUAGAGAUGAGGACGUAUCCGAGGUCGUUGUCGGUGGCGUUCCUCACGAAAAGUUCGGUGAGGCUGCUGUAGCGUUCGUGGUUCCGAAGAGGGUCUCGGAUCUCCAACAACUCCGCGCAAAGUUGAUCGAGGAAGUAGAAUCCAAGUGUGCUCUGUACAAGCACUUACACGGAGGAUUGUUCUUCGUGGCGAGGAUUCCAGAAACUGAUAACGGAAAGUUCUCGAGGAAAGAUAUCGUUGCGCAACAUCUCAAUAAGCAGAUAGAAUAUCUCGGGUAG